AUGGGUUUCAUCGUUUUUCUAAUUUCUUCGCUAGCAGAAUGUGAAAGAUUACCUUUUGAUUUACCAGAAGCAGAAGAAGAAUUAGUAGCUGGUUAUCAAACAGAAUACUCAGUUCUUUACUUGGGCGGUUCAAAUAUCUCUAUUCCGUACAUAUUUGUUUCUGAAUUUUUUGAAAUAAAUAAAACAUACGGAGUUUUUGGAACUACAAUUGAUCUCUUUAUUACAUUAGCUAAAAGCUAUUUUUUCUUAUUUGUUUCUAUCAUAACAAGAUGGUCUUUGCCUAGGCUAAGAAUGGAUCAAUUAUUAAAUCUUGGAUGGAAAUUUCUUUUACCUAUUUCUCUCGAAAGAAAUAAAACAAAACUAUUCAUAGAUAUUUACGAUAUGUUCCUUAUGGUAACUGGGUUCAUGAAUUAUGGUCAACAAACAGUCCGAGCUGCAAGGUACAUUGGUCAAAGUUUCAUGAUUAUCUUAUCUCACGCAAAUCGUUUACCUGUAACUAUUCAAUAUCCUUAUGAAAAAUUAAUCACAUCAGAACGUUUCCGCGGUCAAAUCCAUUUUGAAUUUGAUAAAUGCAUUGCUUGUGAAGUAUGUGUUCGUGUAUGUCCUAUAGAUUUACCCGUUGUUGAUUGGAAAAUGGAAACGGAUAUUAGAAAGAAACGAUUGCUAAAUUACAGUAUUGAUUUCGGAAUCUGUAUUUUUUGUGGUAACUGUAUUGAGUAUUGUCCAACAAAUUGUUUAUCAAUGACUGAAGAAUAUGAACUUUCAACUUAUGAUCGUCAUGAAUUGAAUUAUAAUCAAAUUGCUUUGGGCCGUUUACCAAUGUCAAUAAUUGAUGAUUAUACAAUUCGAACAAUUCAAAUCAAAUAA